UCAUCCAUCCAUCCAACCAACCAUCUUCUACCGCUUACUCCUUCUUCAGGGUCAUGGGGGAACCUGGAGUCUAUCCCAGGGAGCAUCGGGCACAAGGCGGGGUACACCCUGGACAGGGUGCCAGUCCAUCGCAGGGCACAAUCACAUACACACUCAAGACUCUGAUCACCUUGGAUUAAAAAACAACAACAGAUUUUGAAUUAAUUCAUUUUUUUAAACUAGUGUUGUUGUUUUGGGGAAGAUGUUGGUUUUUUUUUUAACCUCCUUGUCUCAUGCAACAAUCCUAAACUGUGUACAUUUUUUAGAUCCAGAAAUGAUAUUUUCUAAUAUUGUUGUCCUGAACCUUACAUAUUUCAUUUAUUUGAUAUUUUAGACCCUAAUGUUAACAAUUCUGGACAGUGGAAGAUGAAUUUUUUUUAAGCCCUUUAAAAAAAUACUUAUGGACAUUAUGUUUACUUUUCAUUCAUGAAAGGGAUAAAAUGCCAUUAUUCUAAAUUUCUACAGUAGAAAUGAAUGAAAGUCAUGUCACAGUGCAAUCUACUAUUUGCGAAUAUAUUCCACUAGAUUCCUUUUUUUUGUUUCAUUUUUAGAAAUGUAUAAUGUUUAGAAUUCUAUAAUGUCAUAGAAAUACAUAAUUAUCACCUAAGUUUCAUGUGUAACAGGAGUGAAAUAUGAAAGUCGGGCCAUGAAGUCGUUUCUAUUCAUAUUUUAGAGUUUGUGUGAUUCACUGUGAUGUAAUAAACCUUUAACAUGAAUGAGUUUGAACUGGCCAUGUUGUUGUGAAACGCAUUUUCAAAGCCCUGCCGUAAAAGCUCGUGCGCAUGCGCAGGAGUUUUCCAAGUGGUACACAGUGUGAUCGCGCGAGCGCGGAGAGCUGGUUAGAGCACGCUGAGUGUCACAGUGUUACAUUGUUACAGGUUUCUCAGUUUAAACAGCGAGUCCGGGAUUUCGGUUGGAAUGGAACCUUUUAUUAAAUUCACCAAUCAGAGCCAAGGAAGGGAUCGCAUUUUCAGGGCGACCCAGUACGCAUGCGCUUUGGCCAAGUACCUGCUUCGAAACGAUGCAAAGAGAAAAGUUGUGGUGCAGAAGUUGCAGAGUUUGGAGUCCAGCAUGAGCUCAGGACGGAAGCUUUUCAGGCUUGGUAAUACAGUGAGUUCAAUUGAUGCAGCCGGGAGAGCCCUUUACCUGCCUGACCCUGUGCUGCGUUUCUGCCUCACCGUUGCCAAUCUGAACCGUGCCCUUUAUUUCAUCUGUGACAACGUCCUCUGGGCCAGAAGCGUCAGCCUCAUCCGAGAUAUCGACAAGGACAGAUGGAGCCUAAACGCCACCCGAUAUUACUUUUUCUCCUUGGUGAUGAACCUCAUCCAGGAUGCUUACAUGAUUGCCCAGCUCAUGGUCCAGAAGUCUCGAGAUGGACAAUAUCGGCAGAAAGUCAACCAACACCUGAAUGAGAGCCAGGACACUGCCACUGUCAUUAUUCCACAGCUUGAUGCAUUUCUGUUCCUACUCAUUGAGAGCCUCAGAAAUCACCCAGCUCUACUUCUUGAUGUGCUGAAGAAUGUAUGCGAUCUUUACAUUCCUUUAGAUAAACUGGGAGUUUACAGGACAAAUGAAGGGGUCAUAGGACUCUGUGGACUUAUUUCAUCUCUUAUAGGGAUACUGUUGGUUUUGAAGCCCAAUCUAAAAAACAAACCCUAAGAGAAGGAGCAUAGGCUUGAAGCCCAGACAGGAAGUACUUUUAGACAUCAAUUACAUGUUGAUGUAUGAGCUAUGAAGCUCAUAUAAAUAGUGCAAAACUGACACUGGAUUGAACUAGUGUCUUGGCUGAAUCACUUUGAUAGAGUCAGAGGACAUUUUACACAUCGAUGGAAAUGAUGUGCCCAGGAUGUAGUUAUCUUUGUGGUGCGAAUUCCAAAUGAGCUUUUCAUUUUUAUAUGAGAGCCAAUUUUAGGAUGUUUGAUGACACUGUCCACUUUAUCAGGAACACCUGCACAUCCAUGCAGUUCAGCAGCACAAUGCAUAAAAUCAUGCCGAUACAGGUCAAGAGCUUCAGUUAAUGUUCACAUCAAGCAUCAGCAUGAAGGAAAAAGUCUGAUCUCUGUGACUUUAACCGUGGCAUGGUUGUUGGUGCCAGAUGAGCUGGUGUGAGUAGUUCAGAAACUGCCGAUCUCCUGAAAUGUUCACAACAGCAGAGUUUACACAGAAUGGUGCGGAAAACAGAAAACAUCCUGUGAGAGGAGGGUCUGCAGGCUGAAUCACCUCGUUGAUGAGGGAGAUCAGAGGAGAACGUUCAGACUGGUUCGAGCUGUCAGGAAGUUUAUUGUAACUCGUAUCUCUACAGCCGUGGUGAGCAGAAAAGCAUCUCAGAAUGCACAUCACACUGAACCUUGAGGUGAUGCACUACAACAGCAGAAGAACUGAGGCUAGCAUGGGCACAGAUGCACCCAAACUGGACAGUUGAAGAUUAGAAAAGUCCAGAUGGUUUUUUUUUCUUCUUCUUCAAAUCUUCACCUUUCCUGUUUGGGUGAGUUGUGCCCAUGAUAGCCUCAGAUUCCUGUUCUUUGCUGACAGGAGUGGAAUCCAAUGUUGUUUUCUGCUGUUGAAGUGCAUCCGCCGCAAAGUUCGAUGGGAUGUGCCUUCUGAGAUGCUUUUCUGCUCACCAUGGUUGUAAAGAGUGUGAUUAUGAGUUACUGUAUCCUUCCUGGCAGCUCAAACCAGUCUGGCCAUUUACCUCUGACCUCUCCUAUCAAUAACCUCUCAUCAAAAAAAUUUUUUUGUUGUUUUUUUUCACACCAUUAUGUAUAAACAGUGUAACAGAAGUGUACCCUUCUGUUACCAACAACCACGCCACGGUUAAAAUCACAGAGAUGGCACUUUUUCUUCAUUCUGAUGUUUGGUGUGGACAUUAACUUGACCUGUAUCUGCGUGAUUUUACGCAUUGUGCUGCUGCCACAUGGUUGGCCGAUUAGAUAACCGCAUGAAUGUGCAGGUGUUCCUAUUAAAGUGGACAGUGAGCGUAUGUAUCUAUCUGACUGGAUUAGUACGAAUUACUGGCAGUUUCAGCACUUCUACUGAAUGGUCUGAGAUCAGUUAUAGUGAUUCAGAUCUUCAGACCUACCAUCCUUAAUGCAUUUUGCAUAGGAGCUCCACAUUUUAAUACUGGACUCCAGUGAUACGAGUUAUCUUUCAAAAAUAAGUGUUUUGAACUCUCAAAUAUUAACUGACAUCUUGUUUUGUCCUGGAUGAAUGAUCAUUCAUUUUGUGUGUGUGUGUGUGUGUGUGUGUGUGUG